UGUACUACAUGUGUACGCCAGUGUAUGACUGUUUUUAAUAAAUAUAGUUCUUCACUAUUUUAAGCAAUUAAGUUUAUUCAAUGAACGACUAAUUUGCUAAGGUCGUUUGCAGAUAAAUAUAAUACUAAUUAAUAAGUAAUAUAAUAUAGCACGUAACCAUGAUCCUCGUCGUAAUUGUUAACGUUAAACCACCUAAUUACAGAGGUAGGUACCUACAAUAAGAAGGUCACGAUUUGUUUCAUUGUUUUAUACAACCUAUACAUAGAUAAAUAACAAAUAGAUAACGGAUAGCAUUGGUUUGUUCUGUGUGAAAAAGAGCCUCCACGGGUUACAAGGCCACGCAGUCGGAUGCACUGCGAUACCACUGUAGAUGAUGACCCCUGAUUCCUUUUGUAUUCUUAUUUAAAUAAUUAAUGUGAGUACCAGCAACAUAUAAGCACUUUUUUCUCAAACAUGGUUAAGACAAUUGACAGUUGAAGGUUACGUCCACAUUCGAUUAUACUUUAAAGUGCACAUAAAACUAUUUGGUAGAUAAUAAUAAGCACGUCUCGACGUACACAUUACCCUCGAUUGCACAAACUCAAAGUAUAAUUACUUAAUAACAAUUUUGCCGCUCAAUGUAGGUAUGUUAUUAGAGUUGCAAAUGAUAAAAGAAAACUUAAACUUAUUCGGUAUUAAGAAACGAAGGUCGACACACAUCAAUAUUUAUUCAUUAGGUAACGAGGUACGUGGGCCGCACGUAACGAGCCUAGCGCGCGAUUUUCGCGACCUAAAAAAAGUUGCAGACGUCAAAGUUGAAAGCGCGCGAAAAUGCAAACUAAUGCAGAAGAUGGCCGCGAUGAGCCGAGCAGGCACUGUUGCGCAAAUGUGCGAGUGUAAAGAGUUUUGCUCGGUGUAUUAUUUAUUGAUUGUUGAAAAACAAUGGCGGGCGCUUGCUGGCAGUGAGUCAGUGGGUCAAGGGUGCGCUGGCCUAGUUACGCAGUGCCGCGCGCCGAAAUUCGCGGGCUUACCAGUUGCUAACCUCACUCGCUAGGGAGGGGCUAGAUACCUAACGCUCGCACUAUUCGCUAUUUUUUAUUUCAUAAUAAUCGACUGAUUCUAUAUUGAGCUUUAUCUGCCCCAGAAUAAAGUAUUUUUUAUGGCAGCUAUAUUAUAGCGGGUAUCAAAAAUCUAAUAAUAAGUAUAACUUAAGUACUGUUGUUUAAAGUGUAAAUUUCAUUAGAAAGCUUAUUUUGUAAUCGCCAAUUUCUCAUUACAACAAAUCAAAGAAUUGGUUACAACACAAUCUUUAUAAACAGUCAAAUCCACCUGCUAUCUAGACCUUAAUGACUGUCAUCAUCACUGUGGGUCAUUUCGACCUUCACUUAAUUUGAAUGUAAAUACGUAGAGUACACAGUACACAUUUUGCGUGUUUCGGAGUGGGUCACAACACUAGCUGCAGUGCGGGCCGCGUCUCCUUACGUGAACCAAGUUUAAGGUCGCCUAGAUGUGGCCCGCGCGGACCAGUCAAGUGAUCUGAAUGCCAGUCACCCACAUCACUAGUUAUGACAACACAUCACCUGCGGCUAUGCCACUGGAUUCGAUAUUCCUAUUUGGAAUGCGAUCAGAACCUACUGAUACUUACUAUAACUAAAAGGAAAACCGUUUUUGGAGCUGUUGUGAAUCAAAAUAUUUGCGCCAUCUAGCGGCGAGUAGAUGAACAAAUAAUCUUGCCUCUUUGAGGCAUAGCUACGGUUUUAUUGACAAAACAACCCUUUGCUUGGUAAAAACGAAAGUAGUGUAUAGAGAACAAUAACUAAGUUAAUAUAAGGUUAGAAAUGGAUGAACUGGAGAAAAAAAUACCUGUGCUGUGUUUAGGACCGAAAGGCUCAGGAAAAACAACAUUGUUGAAGAAGUUGCAAAAGGCCGAAGGUAUUGACAAUACUUACAGUCCAGUGCCUACAAUAGGCACGAAUAUUUAUGAUGUUUAUUAUACAAACAAAAACGGCAAAAAACAAAUGCUUUCAAUUAGAGAAGUUGGUGGUGAGAUGGCGCCACUGUGGCAUAACUAUUUGGAUGGCGUCGAAAAGGUGAUUUAUGUUAUAGACACGUCGAAUUUAUGUCAGAUAUCGGCCGCAGCUGUUCUGCUCUACACCUUACUGGCUGAACCAAAACUGAAAAACGCAAAGUUCAUUUUGGUCCUGAGCAAGAUGGAUGCUUCCUACAGACAGAUGCGCAACGAAGCUCUGCUGAUGCUGCAGCACGCACGACUAAGCGUGGAGCUGUCCAACGCUCCAACACUCCUGGAAGCUUCACCUCUCACUGGCGAGGGCAUCCAGCAGUUGAAGGCCUCCAUUUGCGAUAUCAAGAUAGUCAAUACUUUUUAAUUCCAACUUGAAGUCGUAUAGACGUGUAGAUAAGAUUAAAACUUGUUAGUACGUAAUGAAGGGUCAAUUCACACCGAGAGACCUGCGGCUGACACCGUCCUUUUAUAACAAAAAAAUGUAAUGUCAUCAUAAAAACUAAACUACACAUUCAUUUUAAGGGCAGCGAAGUACCAUGCAUCACCGUGAAAAUUUACAAGCCUUCUAGCUGCUUGCAGCGCCAUGUACGGUCACUGUAUCUAAUGUAGGUAGACGCAUACAGCCGUUGAGCUGCGUGCCGCUACUCUUCCUGUGGGAAUUGAUCAGAUUUAUGUAAAUUUAUUUGAAUAAAACCUGUUAAAAAUACUGUCUAAACGAUUAUUGAAGUAUGUGCCCUCAUAGGUAAGGUGUAUUCAAGUAUACAGGUGUACAUAAUUUGAAUAUAAUAGCACUUAGAGUUAGAUUAUUAUGGAGCACGACAAAAAGCAAAUACUAGAGAAGGGAGUUGUAGUAAAAACGGUUUCUGCAUU